CUUGUAGGGAGAGAAAAAGGUCUUGCCUGAAGGAAUCGGAGUCCCUGAAGAUCUCUGGAAGAAUGGGAUCCUGGGAAGUAGAAGGGGCAACGACCCCUUCCUUCUCAGAGACCUGAGUAAACCACAGGGAUGGACGAAAUGAAGUGGAAACCUCCUGAAUGGAUUCAGGGAUCAAGGUUCCUGCCAUUCCUCCAGGAACUCCCUGUUGACUCCUGCCCCUUUGUGACAGUACGAUGCCUUUUCUAAUCCCCCACGCAGUGUCAGUAAAGACUGGAGUUUGGAGUUUGACCCACAACAUCUCAGGAGUGUGGAAGCAACAGCUGCCAGAACUAUCGGCUUCCUCAAUCCCUCAAGGCAGGAAGGAGAGGAGAACCUGCUUCCAGAUCUUGCCUUUCCUUGCUCAUCUUCCUGCUCUCCUCAGCCUUUCUAGGGAAUUGUUGAUUUACUAGUCAGAUCAACUCACAGGUUCUCAGAAAGAUAGAUGCAACUCUGCAGGAUAGGCAAAAGACUACGGCCAUGGAGAGGAUCCCAAGCAGCCCCUUGCCUUCCCACCGUGAUGGCCUGGAGGCCUUUCCAGACAAGAGACUGGAGACUGUGGACAUUGUGGUGUUGGUGCUCUAUUUCGUAUUCGUCUUAGCUGUAGGACUUUGGUCUAUGUGGAAGACCAAGAGAGACACUGUCCAAGGCUACUUCCUGGCUGGAGGGGACAUGACGUGGUGGCCGGUGGGGGCUUCUCUCUUUGCCAGUAACAUAGGAAGUGGGCAUUUCAUUGGCCUGGCUGGAUCAGGAGCAGCUGUGGGGAUUUCAGUAACAGCUUAUGAGUUUAAUGGAAUCUUUUCGGUGCUGAUGCUGGGCUGGAUCUUCCUUCCUAUUUACAUUGCUGGAGGGGUCACCACCAUGCCUGAAUACUUACGAAAGAGAUUUGGAGGCAAACGGAUUCCCUUGUUCUUGGCUAUUCUCUAUUUGUUCAUCUACAUCUUCACCAAAAUCUCGGUGGACAUGUAUGCAGGAGCCAUCUUUAUCCAGCAAUCCUUACACCUGGACUUGUACCUUGCAGUGGUGGGGCUGCUGGCAAUUACAGCUCUGUACACAGUGGCAGGUGGCCUGGCAGCUGUGAUCUACACAGAUGCUCUGCAGACUGUCAUCAUGCUAGGAGGAGCAUUCACUUUAAUGGGAUACAGUUUUGCUGCAGUUGGUGGUAUGGAAGGGCUGAAGAACAAAUACUUUACAGCUGUGGCCAGCAAUCGGAGUGCCAACAACAGCUGUGGAUUGCCUAGAGAUGACGCUUUCCACAUUUUUCGAGACCCCGUGAAUUCUGAUCUUCCCUGGCCAGGGAUUCUUCUUGGAAUGUCAAUCCCUUCACUUUGGUACUGGUGUACUGAUCAGGUCAUUGUCCAACGGUCCCUGGCUGCCAAAAACCUUUCCCAUGCCAAAGGGGGCUCGCUGAUGGCCGCGUACAUGAAGGUUCUGCCUCUCUUCCUGAUGGUAAUGCCUGGAAUGGUCAGCCGUGUCCUCUUCCCAGAUUUGGUUGCCUGCGCUACCCCUGAGAUCUGCCAGAAAGUCUGCGGCAACCCUGCUGGAUGCUCUGACAUCGCAUACCCCAAACUUGUUCUGGAGCUCCUGCCCCUAGGGCUCCGAGGACUGAUGAUGUCCGUGAUGGUGGCUGCUCUGAUGUCCUCCCUCACCUCCAUCUUCAAUAGUUCCAGUACCAUCUUCACCAUGGACCUGUGGCUCCAUUUCCGGCCCAAAUCUUCUGAGUGGGAACUCAUGAUUGUGGGCAGAGUGUUUGUGCUGCUGCUGGUUGUGGUGUCAAUCCUCUGGAUCCCGUUGGUGCAGGCGAGUCAAGGCGGCCAGCUCUUCAUUUAUAUCCAGUCCAUCAGCUCGUACCUGCAGCCUCCCGUGGCCAUCGUUUUCAUCAUGGGCUGUUUCUGGAAGAGAACAAAUGAAAAGGGCGCCUUCUGGGGCCUGCUGGUGGGCCUGUCCAUAGGCAUGAUCCGGCUGGUGCUGGACUUCAUCUACGCGCAGCCUCGCUGCGACGAGCCCGACGAGCGCCCGGGCGUGGUGAGGUACAUCCACUACCUCUACUUCUCCAUGAUCCUGUCCGCCGUCACCCUGGUCACUGUGGUCGCGGUGAGCUGGCUCAGCGAGCCGCCCACUGCCGAGAUGGUCACUCGCUUAACCUGGGGCACUCGCCACGAUCCCGUGAUCCAGCAGGAGCCGGGGCUGGCGGAGCCCUCACCCCCGAGCUUGUCCAAGAACGGGGCCCCCGAGGGCAGCGGCGCCAGGGCCCGCUUCGAGAUCACCCAGGACACGGCUUCUAAACCCCAAAGCUGUAAUGUUACCACAAAACCAUCCAAAAUAAAGACAGCCAUCAUAUGGCUCUGUGGAAUGGACACUACGGCUAGUGAGACACCUGUGAAGAAACCUGAACCUAUUGUGGCUUCCUUAGAAGAAAAUACUCUUGUCAGAAGGAUUCUGGAUGUCAAUCUGAUUAUUUGUAUUAGCACUGCCAUAUUUCUCUGGGCCUACUUUGCCUAAUGAUGGUAUGGGGGAUGGAAAGCAAAGACUCAAAUGGAUUUCAAGGUUUUACUCUAAUGAUUUUUUAUUUCAUAAAAACAUAAUAGUUGGUAGGUUUUUUAUCUUGUUUUUUUGUUUUGUUUUGUUUUGUUUUUUAAACCUCUAUGGUAAACCUUCAAGACAAAUGAAUCUUAGAUCUGCAUUUUUGUGAGAGGGGAGAUGAAAAGAUAGGAGAAAAACAAACCCAUCUUCAUUUCUUUUGAGGUCCAGAUUAGCACCCUGGAUGCCUUAGAAUCAGCCUGAGUCAGAAUAAGCAAAAGUUCUUGGUCUUUAGGGGAAGAAGUGAAGGGGAUGGAUAAGACUCUGCUACAAGCACUCCACAAUCUCCUUUCUCCUUGGCCUCUUCCAAAGUGACUCUGGCUUGUCUUACUCCACCCCCUAAUCCCUCCUACAAUUUAUCUGUAUACACUAAAAGGUCGAGCCGGCUUAGAAUGGUGAGAAGGGCCAUUUCCCAAGCAUAUGCUAAUAGAGUAUUGUCCAAUAGGUAAUUAGCCUUAAAUGCUUCAUUGUCUGAUUCCAGUGCACCUAUUCAGAGUUUCAACCCUUGACAUUUUCUAAAGUCCUUUGCUGGAAAAAUGCAUAGUUCAUUGAUUGAAGAGAUUUUAAAUGACAGAAGAAAAAUCUGUGGCUUAUUUGUCCUUUCUGUUAAAAGGUACCCUUAAAUCAGGUGUGAAAUGAGAUGGAGUUUAACCAAGUAAAGGGGUUAGUGAGUACCAUUUUGUGUUCAUUCUUUACACAUUUUACUUUUAUUUUUUAUGGAGAGGCAGCUGGCAUAAUCUGUAGUGGGUGGGCCUGGGAGCCAUGCAGAUUUGAGUACAAGUUUUGCCUGACACAUACUAUACUAGUUGUUAUUUGGGGUCUGUCACUUAAAAAGCAAUUCUGGGACAAUAAAGUUAUAGAGAAGAUGGUAAGAAGGGACCCUCCUUAUCUGGGGAAUCUAUCAAUGAAAUUCUAAGUACAGUCCCUAAUUAGAGCUCAACCAGAGCUCUUUUAUUUUCCCUUCUGUGUUUUGUUUUCUUCAUAAAUUUAUAAAACAGCAUGACCAUGUGGAAAGGAGUAGGAGGAAAGGGAGGAUGGAUUAGAUGAUGCUUUAGUCCUUUUUCCAGUUCUGAUAUUCUCAUACUCUAUGGAUUGUACCAAGGGUCUUCAUUAGUCAGCCUUCUCAACAAGGCGAGCAGAAGGAAAAAACUGAAACUGCUUUAUAAAGGUAGAUUGAAAAACUAUGGUUGUCAAGCCUGAAAAUUAGGAGACCAAUUUAGCAAUUAUCUAAGGAAUUGAUGGAGAAUAGUCUCCAUCUGACAACAGCCAGGAAAUAGGGAGUUUAGACAUGCUGUCUCCUGAUUUCAGAGUCAUUAACCAAGGGAAAUUCCUUCCCACUCCCCCCCUCCCAAAAGGGAGGUAUAGGAUAACUUUGGGUGACAAAAACCCAGUUCUGUUCCCCUACAAAAUGUUUAAUAGAAGAUGGCCUAUCCCUCUACUAUUGGGCUAUAUACUUAAUUAAUCUAAUGAUUGCCACUGCAUUAGUCUGAACACACAAUUCACUACUUAACUAGCAAAAAUUCCUUCCUCUUUUUUGUUUUGGAGGGAAGGGGAGUGUGCGUGUGUGUGUGUGUGUGUGUGUGUGUGUGCACGUGUGCACGCGUACAAAAAUCCCUUCCUGUUUUUUAAUGACUUUGGAGGUGAGGAAGAAUUGUAUGUGUGUGUGAGAGAGAGUGAGCAUGUCAAUUUAGCAAUUAUCUAGGCUCUGUUCCUCAUCAGAAAACUUUUAAUGUAUGUCACUUGUUUAUAUUCACAUUUGUACUGUAUCACUCAGCCCAUGUGUGAUAAAGGGCCUGUUGAGCAGACUUUCUCUUUUUUCUAGUCUCAUUCAUAUGGUAAACAUAUAUAUGUUCUGUGACUUUUAAAAUAAAAUUGUUAACAACUUA